AUGUCAAACAGUCUCAAGCUACUAUAAGAAAUUCAGAAUGAAAUCAUGAAAGCCAAGUUAAUUGGGUAGUAGAAUAUGAAUAAUAAUAACAACUUCUAAACUUCCUCUUCCUUCCCCUCUUCAAAUGCAGACUUAAAUCUUAGUAAUUCAAUUGACCUUAAUCCCUAACAAAUGAAGUCAAGCUUCAAAAAGCACAUGCAAUAAAAAGAAAACUAAAAACCGACAAUGUAAGCCUCUCAAGCAAUCCCUUCAAAACAUAAAAAUCAUAACGAGUUUAACGAUAAGUAUGGGAUUUAAAGUGCAGAGACCUUUAAAUCAGAUCUAUAAAUUGAUAACAGCUAUAACGAUACUAGAGCAGAUAUAUAUGGAGGCAGACAACUUAAUCCCUCAAUAAGUGUUUUGAAUAAUUAUGAUAUUAACAGCUUUAAUGGAAAUGUUAGUAAUAAAGCCUAAGGGUAUCAAACUAUUCAGGUUAAUGAAGAUACAAAGUAAGUUUAUGGUAAUCCAAAUCACAACAGAUAUUUUAGUCACUAAAACUAUCAAGAUGAUUAAAGUAAUGAAUUGAUGGCUUCUCCAUCAUUCAGUUAGAAUCACAUUAAUAGUAAUGUAUUUGAUACCAAUUCAUUAGUAAGUUAAAAUGAGUACACUCUUAAUAGUCAGAAAAACCUAAAUGUUCAGAUGCAAUAAGUAAACUUGAAUAACAAUAACAAUUAGAACAUGUCAAUGAAGAGUGAUUAGUUAUUCUCAUAGCUUUAAAAUUCUUUGCUGGGCAUGAAAAAUGAACUUGAAAAAGAGUGCGAUGAUAUAACCAACAAGAUAGAUGAAAUAAUGAGGACUGAGCUUUUAACAUUUGAUAAAAUUAAGGAUAUUGAUUUCGGGAAUAAUCAUUUUAGCAAUGAUUUCGACUCAGAUGAAUAUGAUAAUUGA